AUGGGAGACUCACAGCAGAGGCCGAGCGACGACGGUCUGCGUCUGCCCCCUCCGGCCGCAGACCAGGCAUAUGUGAAAGUAUCAGCGCUGAACGGAGGGUUUUUGACGCUUCCUGAACGCAACUUUGUAACGGAUCCAGAUCCGGAGAAAGGUACGACAGUACCGUCAAUGUGCUUCUUGAUCGAGCACCGAGAGUCAGGCUCUUCCUCAAAGCCCACACGUGUCGUGUUUGACCUGGGCAUCAAACGAGACCUGACAAAGUACGCUCAACCGGCAACCCAGCACCACAUUACCACUCGACAGCCUGUGUACUCGUCGGCAGAUGCGAGGUCGAGCCUGUUGAGCGGCGGCCUAGACCCCGCGAAGGACAUUGACUACGUGAUCCUGAGCCACAUCCAUUGGGACCACAUCGGCCUGCCGUCCGACUAUCCCCAUUCCAAGUUCAUCGUAGGUUCAGGCACGCUGUACAUCCUUGAGAACGGCGCGCCACAUUAUCCGCACGAGCGGAUUGAAAAGGGCGCCCUGUCAGCAGACCAGACGACAGAACUUCCGCCCGUUCCAGAAUCGGAGAGGAAACACAUGGCCGCGGCGUCCCAGACAAGGCAUCAGUGGCAGCCAAUAUCCACGCUGCCCAACGCCGUCGACUUCUUUGGGGACGGCAGUCUGUGGAUCAUAGACGCCCCAGGCCACAUCCACGGACACGUCAACGCCCUGCUCCGAGUUGGGCCAAACAGAUGGGUAUAUCUGGGAGGAGACUGCUGCCACGACCGCCGGAUAAUGACGGGAGAGAAGCAGAUCCUCGAGUACGACAACGGACAGGGGAAGUUGAAAAGCGCUCAUGCCGAGCUGCCCAAGGCGCGGAAGACGAUUGAGAACAUCCAGAAACUGAUAGCUGUCAAUGGUGAUGCGGUGGAGUGGAUAGUUGCGCAUGACUGGAAAUGGGCUUCUGAGAACCAGAACCGCUUUUUCCCACGGUGGAUGUAUUGA